AUGUCGAACAUCGCUCUGAACAGACUGCAAAGAGAAUGCAAGGAAGUUGUAACUAACGCCGAAAUAAGCGAGACUGGAAUUAUGAUCGAGAUUCUGAACGAGAAUCUGACUGAGAUCAGGGUAAAACCGCUGUCGAUCCGCAUUUCCAAGUGAACAAUUUCAGGGCCACAUCCGCGGUCCGCCAGACACUCCGUACGCCGGUGGAAUGUUCGAUUUGGACAUCAAGAUUCCGGAUCAGUAUCCAUUUUCGCCGCCAAACGUAAGACAUGAAGUGCCUUUCAAAUUGAGAAUUUAGUUGUUGUAGGUCAAGUUCGCCACCAAGAUUUGGCACCCGAACGUUAGCUCGCAGACAGGCGUCAUCUGCCUCGACAUCCUGAAGGAUCAAUGGUAAUGUUGCAUGCCAAAUAUUUCUGACAGAAUUUUAUUUUUAGGGCCGCUUCGCUCACCCUUCGCACUGUCCUUCUUUCAAUUCAAGCUCUAAUGUGCACGCCAGAGCCCAAAGAUCCCCAAGACGCGGUUGUCGCCAAGCAGUACAUGGACAAGCCAGCGGUGUUUAAGGUAAUGCCUUCAAAUAAAAAAAAAGUACACAGCAAGUCAUUCUACAGGCUACUGCCGAGUUCUGGACUGUCAAGUUUGCGAAAGGACAACUCAAUAUCAGUCAGGAGUACCAAACUCGCGUUGACAAGCUCAGAGAUAUGGGAGUUCGCGAGGUUUGUAGCUAAUGAUUCCGACAAAUCGUCGAACUGGUUAUUUAGGAGGAGGCUAUUAGUGUGCUAAGCUGCCACAACUGGGAUCUCAACCGUGCCACCGCUUACAUUUUUUCGUAA